AUUUACUUUACUAAUUCUUCUGAUGUUAGUUUGGAGAAUUUGGUAUGUGAUCAACCAGUAAUCCUCUUGAUAUUUUAUUGCUUUUGUAAGGAGGAAGCAGACUUAAUAGAUGAUGAAGUUUUACUUCAUAAGACAGAAAGUAGAAUUUCUAUUAAUGAUUCACUUCUUUGGCAAGAGAGAAUGCAUUCAGGUCUUUCAGGUAAUGAAAAUGUGGGGCACAGAUCUACAGUUUGUAGCUUACUUCUUUGUUUGUAACUUCAAGCUACAGAAGCUGGGAUUAGAUGAAUCAUGAGUAUUGAUAAAAAUUGUGUUUAGGGCUCGCUAACAAGGUCAGGAAUCAUGAAUCUGGCAGGCCAAAUGAUUGUACAUCCCACCCCUGAUCAAGAUAAUAAUGAGUGUUCUUGUUGUUUACCACUACAGUUCUUUGGCUGACUAAUAGUCCCAUUUUCUGUUUACAGACAAUAGCAUGAACUUGAUAGCCCAUCAAAGCAGAUAUGCAGUGCCCUCGACCCUGCACAAAGUUGCACGCAUCUGGAGGGUAUUACCUACUGUUAUACUCAAGACUUUUAUACCUCAUCAAUACAUUGUGACAAAAAACAGCUCAAAUUUUUCAUUGUAUUCAUCAUUCAAAUCCGCAAGUACCCAAAGUAAAGGGAUGCAGCCACAGAAUUGUUUACUGUCACAGGAUCACCAACAGUUGACAGGAAUACCAGCGUUUUAUUUAAGAGAAAAAGAGGUAAAUGAGAAGAUUAAGUCCAAGCACACAGUUCAAGAUCAGUUGGAAUUUUAUCAGUCAUGGAAAGAUCUGAAGUCUUUAGUGAACAGCAUAACAGCACUUCAUAUGAUCGCUAAAAUUGUCAAGAAAAACCAGAGAGAAAGAGCGAUUUUGCAGAAAGAAAGAGACAAGGCAAUCAAUGGUACAAAAAGGGCAUACCAUGAGAUCCUAGAUUUUAUUUCUGAUCAGAUUAUUUCCUGUAAAGGGCAAGGUCUAUCGAAUGUCAUUUGGUCCUUAGGAGUAAUUCAAGAAAAAGACCACCACCUGGGUAAGGUUUGUGAGGAAGAAAUUCUAUCGCGCGAUAUAACUGCCUUUCACCGAGCUGAGGUCUGUUGUCAGAUUCUGCCGGGAUGUGUUGGCUUGGAACUCAAACACUCGCUAGUUUUUAAACGCGUCGAGGAAGCCAUAUUGGCUGAGAAAAUCAAGUUGCAUCUUUGUGAAAAUCGCCAUAUUUGCGCCAUCUUGUCUUGUUUUACCGAGGUUGGUGGCGGAAGUUUAGAAUUAUUUGAAAAAUUACAGGCUAACAUUGUGGAGAGAGAUUUUAGUUCGUUGCUCGUUGAACACCUUGAUCAGAUCUUGCACUGUUUUGCCAUCAAGGGCAUCUUCUCUGAUCAGUUGUUCAGCCAAGCGGAAGAAGAAAUUCUGCUAGAGGGGUGCGGUAACUUUCGGAUGAUAGAACUCGUGAGUAUUCCACGCGCGUUUGCAAUUGCGGGUAGUGGAAGCGAACAACUCUUUGCAGCUUUCGAGGAAGAAAUCUGUCGAAAACGAAUCAAAUAUUUCCCAUUAUCUUGCCUAUGUUGGAUCACUUGGUCUUUUGCCAUAAGAGGUUUCACGCAAAGUAUGGUGUUUAAAUACGCCGCUCACGCGAUCUACAAUCGAGGGGUGAAAAAUCUCAAAAAUAGUGGCCUUUCGCUGUGUCUGUAUUCUUACGUGUUGGCAGAAAGUCCUUCACGAGUUUUCGUAAAGGAAUUAGGAAAAGAGCUUCUUUCUAGAGACUUGAGAAUUUUCAAGGGUACCCAGCUGUGUCAACUGAUGUGGGCUUGUUCAAAAGCCGAGUAUUUAAACCCAGAAUUGCUUCAACGUUUGGAGGAAGAGAUUCUCCAACGGAACUUGACACAGAAAGAGGAAACCAUAUUAUCUGAAAUUUUAGGCAACACUGCUAAGGAAGACAAAAAUCCGCCUCCAUAUUUGCGUGAACUAUGUAUUUCAUCAAUAUAGACAGCUGUUUGUAUUAGUUCUUUUAUUGAAGAGAAACAAUUAACC